AUGAACUCGAAGUACGCCGCAGCUCAUGUAUCCCCAAAAGGACCUGGCGAUUCCCGCCCAACAGCCCAACAAAUCAUCAAAGAUGAGGACCUAGAAGGAAAGCUCACUGGAAAGGUCAUUCUCAUCACCGGCUGCUCCUCAGGAAUCGGGAUCGAGACAGCCAAAGCACUAUCCACAACAGGCGCAACCCUCUACCUCACAGCACGCGACCUGAACAAGGCACGCACUGUGUUAGGCAGUUUCAGCGAACAAAGCGACAUCCACUUGCUAGAGCUGGACCUUGAAUCCUUCGCAAGCGUCCGCAAAUGUGCAGCCGAGUUCCUGUCAAAGUCCUCAACCCUGAACAUCCUCAUCAACAACGCCGGUGUCAUGAUCCCACCUGAAGGCCGAACAGCAGAUGGCUUCGAGACUCAAUUUGGAACGAACCAUCUCGCCCAUUUCCUUCUCUUCCAGCUGCUGAAGGAUACACUUAUUGCAUCUGCCUCGGCCGAGAUGUGUUCCCGCGUUAUCAUGGUAUCGUCUAGCGGCCAUCGCGCCAGCGAGGUCCAGUUUGAUGACUACAAUUUCGAAAAGGGAUAUGAUGCCUGGAAGGCGUAUGGUCAGAGCAAGACGGCUAUGAUCUGGGCUGCGAAUGAGAUUGAUGCACGGUACGGGGCUAGUGGGCUGCAUGCGUACAGUUUGCAUCCUGGCAGUAUUGCUAGUGGGCUUCAGAAGUAUGUUCCGGGAGAACUUGCUAAGAAUUGGUCGUCUAUGCCUGGUCUUGUGGAGGCCGGGAAGUCCCCUGAACAGGGCGCUGCUACUACAGUUUGGGCGGCGACUGCGAAGGAUUUGGAGGGGAAGGGUGGUAAGUUUCUUGAAAAUUGUCAAGUUAUCGGGCCAUUGAAGGAGGGUGAUGGGUUGCUUGUCCCGGGCUAUGCGGCGUGGGUUUAUGAUGAGGUGAAGGCGAAGAGACUUUAUGAGCUUUCGCUUGAACUGGCUAAGGUGUGA